AUGAGCCCUCAUGAGCACCAGCAGAACCUCCUGCUGUCCCGAGUCAUCACGAAUGUGGAGAAAUUGAAUGAAGCAGUGAUGGUUAUGAACAAGACUCUCCAAGAGAUAAACAUCCAGAACAUGAACAUCGAGCUUGUUGCACAGAUGUUCAAGAACUACCAGUCCAACGUUCUCUUCCAUCUUGAAGCCACCGACAGUCUGAAGGACCCAUCUUGA